CAGCGAUUAAAUCAUUUUUUAACAAUUCUUCCAUGCCUGAUCAACACAAAAAGGGAAUAACGAACGAACCUUUAAGAAAAUCAAAAAGACUAAGAAAGGAAUUAAUAGACAACGAAAGCGAACUUUCUCCUAAACUUCAGAAACUUGAUCAACAAGUUCAGGACACGUUAACUCAUUCAGAUCUUGAAAAUGACCAGAAUGAAACGCUUAAUCAAACAGUGCAAUCAAAUAAGAAUGACCUUGAAGAGACAGAAUCAUUGCCAGAUCUCGAUCAUUCAGACAUUGAUGAGCUGACUGACAGUAUAAAUGACCAAUUAGCUAUAGAAUCAAAUGAAAAUGAAGAACAACCUGCACCAUUAAAGGAAGAGCUUAUAAUAGAUCAACAGCAAAUUGAUACUACACCAGUCGAUCAAGAGGAUGCUCAAAGUAUUAUAGAUAUAAUGGAGCAUACGAAUAGUAAUGAAAAUGAUGGAGAAACAGAAUCUGGCGAUUACUUUGGAUCAGAAGAAGGCACUGAUACACAAUCUAUUCGUCAUGAAAUAGAAAAUGAAGCCUCUGGUAUACCAAAGGCAAGUGAUAGAGAAAUAUCAAACCUUAGCGCUGAACAGCAAGAAGUACGGAAUGAAAAUCUCAACGCGUCUGGCGUAUUCUUUACUCAAGAAGCUUACGAGGCUUACACUAUUUCCUAUAAUCUUGUACCUGAGCUUCAUGGUUUACUGCAAUCCGCUAUUCUGGCCAGAAGAGAGUUUGAGUGCUCAAAUGAAGAGGCAAACGACCCUAGUCCUUCAGAGCAUGUCUUUACUCCUGGUGAAAAUAUCUCAUCCGAACCAGAAGAUCAGUCUGAAUCUGAGCCUGCAUUACAGACGCCAAACCUCCUGGAUACCGUUUUGAACAACUUGGAACAAUAUCAAAGCAAUAGUAGCAACACACAACAGGGAAUCUCGGAUUUAGAGAUUGCAGCACAAUUUGCUGACAUAAAUGAUAACGCCGAUACAAAGGAAGCAAAAGACCAUCAAUACUCUAAACUGACAAGACAACAACAUACACAAUUUAUCUCAUUAUCUGAUCAAAUAAAAAAGGGAAUACCUUUAUCAGAUCCAGAACGGUUUUUAUACAACAGCCUAUGUAUUGCUUUUAAAGCCGAACAAGAUGAGUAUGUAAAUCAACAACGGAAAAAGAUGCUGGAUUCCAAAGUCUAUGAUAUUCUGGAUAAUAAGAUCGAUACGAUGAUAAAAGAGUAUUAUUCUUUAGAAAACAAAAGGAUACAAAAAUAUCCACGUUUCUACAGAUGCUUUAACUUUGUAAAGAUGCCAGUUGCUAUUCCUCAGGAGAAACCUAUACUAUCCUUUAAGAAAUCGUUACUAAAAUCCGUAAGUAUGAAACCAACAAGAUGAAGCUUUACUUAAUUUUAUGCAGGGACAAAUAAGUGCGUGCAAACCUGAAGUGUUUGAAUCGCCUAGAAGAAUGGAUAUAUUUAAACACUAUAUUGACACUGGUAAAACCUAUGAAGAUGACAUAGCUUAUGGUACAUAUUACAAAAAGAAGAUGCCUCCAAAUCUUAGUGAUGAUAGAAUUGUGCACGACAUAAUUAAACAUACAAAGUUCGAAGUGGUCAUAUCCUCAUCUAGUCUAUUGAAGCUGGUAGAGAUACAAAAUGAUUUAUCCACCAGUACCUAUAUACCUCUGACGGUAAAGCAAGAGAAUGACUAUAAAAC